AUGCUCGACGAAAACCUCCCCACCUUCCGCUUCCAAGCCGCCAAAGACUCCCCGGCCAACACCCUCCUCCUCUUCUCCGAGCGCGGCUCCGACCCCUCCCCGACCUUCCUCAUCCGCCGCCCCGACCCUUCCUCCUCCGCCUCCCGCGCCAAGUUCGCCGCCGCCCUCGCCGACGCCUCCUUCCCCUCCAUCAUCUACGCCGAAGCCCUCGUCGAGCCCGAAUGGACCCAACCACCCCUCUCCACCGCCGAGGCCCGCGCCGCCGCCGCCUCGGGAUCCUCCGCCUCGGGAUCCUCCGCCCCCGCCACCCCCGUCGUCCCUGACGUCGUCUCCCUCUCCCUCUACGACCCCGACCAGACCGUGGUCCUGCGCCACAUCCAAUCCGGCUGGAACAAGAGCGAGUCGUGGGAGUUUGAGAUGCCCGAACGCUCCUUCAAGCUCCCCUCCGCCAGCCUCCUCGACCGCGAGAGCCAGGCCGCCGCCGCCGGGCCCGACAACCCUACCUCUGGUGGGCCCGACCCUUCCGUGCCCCGCAUCAUGUUUCGCUGGAAGCGGGACGGCCGCAUGAGCAAGGAUAUGACGUGCUACCUCGUCGGCAAGUCUGUCGACGGCCGCAAGAGCCGGGAACCCGACAUCACCAUUGCCCUCUUCGCCCAGGGCAAGUCGGACGCCCUCACCAUUUACGAGCCCAACAUGCGGCGCGUCGAGCUCGAGGACCGCAAAGGGCUCGAGGUCGUCCUCCUCCUCGGCGCGGAGCUCAUUCGCGGCCUGCCCCACUCCAAAUCCAACCCCCGCCGCCCUCGACGCCGAGACCAAGCGCCUACAAGCCACCGUGGCCGAGAACGAGCGGCGCAAGGCCAGGAGCGGGAGAAGCGCGACCGCGAAGAGCAGGAACGCAUCCGCAAGAUGCUCAAGGACGAGGAAAAGGAAGCUCGACGCCGCGAGGCCGAGAUCGAAAAGGAGACGGAGCGCCUGCGCAAGGAGUACGGCGUCCAGGGCCAGCAGAUGCCCGCCAACGCCAACGCCAACGCCGUUGCCGGGCCCUCGGGCGCGAGCCGCCCGCCCUUGCCCCCGCGACCCGCCCAGGGCUCCGGCUCCGGCUCUAACCUGGCUCCUCCGGGCGCCUGGCCCCAGCGCCCCGUGAGUGCCGGCCCGGGCACCUACCCCCACUGGUCGCCUCCUCCGCCACAGCAGCAGCAGCAGCAGCAGCAGCAGCAGUUUGCCGCCCCUCCGCCCCAGGGCCAACCCGGCGCGGCGUCUUCCUCUCACGGGGGCCUAAGAAGAAGAUUGAGGGCCUCGUGA